AUGACAAGUGGAACGGCCGAGCAAAACAGACCUUACGAAUUUGGGUUCAACAUCGUUGUUUUUCAACAUAGGUACGAGAAGAAAGAUGCUGAUGGAAUUAUCACGGGAGUGACUAUAGGAGUGACUAUGACUUAUAGAAGAAUUAAAAGUUUGAAGGAUGCGCAAGAAAUAUCGAAAGCAAGGCAGAAAAUUGGAAAGAAGCUGGUAGAAGCUGUAGCAAGGGCUUGUAGUGCGUGCAAACUUGCAGUGAAAACAGACGAAUCUGAACGUACGACACAGACCAUUCGACCGGUAACGCUACUUACUUCUAAUAAAAAGUUGGAUGCUCUGCCACAAAGGAUGGCAGAGACGUUGGAAAUGGGAAAAAAGAGAAACGUCGAUUACUUUGCAGAUAAACUUUCUCACGAGAGAAAUGAAAUCUCUCAAAGCUCGAAGGAUUUUUCUAACGAGAGAAGAGGAAAGAAUUUAGUUCGAGACAUCGUGAAAGAUACGGUAGAUCCACGCCUCAAAGAGCCGAAUGUGGAUGAUCGAAUGCUGGAGAAGACGGCGAACGAUCUUUACUAUCGCUUUAAUUGCUCGAUAACGACACACGAGCAUCGAGAAGAUGGAUAUAGAAGCGGAGAGAAAAAUGGCAGCUUUCGCGCAGAAAGUGAAAAUGGUAUCGAUACCCGAGUGAAAUAUUUGUCGAACGAAUUUGGUCAUUGGCCGGACGUUUCGUUCGUUGCCAGCGAUAAUACGACGAAAUUGCCCUUUGGUACUGGACGUGGAGAACGAAUUUUGUUUAUCUUUCGAAUUUUUACGUAA